AUGGUUCUUAGCGAGUACACUCACAUCUUCGCCAUUGGCACAAUCUUCGCCCUACUCGAGGCCUACAACAACGGUGCCAACGAUGUUGCCAACGCCUGGGCUACCAGCGUCUCGUCGCGCUCCAUCUCCUACCGAUGGGCUAUGAUUCUCUGCUGCAUCUUCGAGAUGACUGGAGCCCUCGCUGUUGGUGCACGCACAGCUAGCACCAUCAAGAACGGCAUCAUUCCCAUCUCCGCCUUCAACGAUAACGCCUCCGUCCAGCUCCUCGCCUUCGCCAGCGCAUCAGCUGGUGCCGCCAUUUGGGUCAUGUGGUGCACUCGUCACUCUGCCCACGUUUCCUCCACAUACUCUCUGGUUUCCUCCAUUGCUGGUGUCGGUGUUGCCACCGUUGGUGCUUCAGGUGUCCAGUGGGGCUGGAAUGGUGGCCAGGGUCUCGGUGCCAUCUUCUCCGGCUUGGUCAUGGCCCCUGUCAUUGCCGCCACCUUCGGUGCCAUCAUUUUCAUGCUUGUGAAGGUGGUUGUGCACAUGCGUUCCAACCCAGUCCCCUGGGCUGUCUGGACCUCGCCAUUCUUCUUCCUUAUUGCCGGUACCAUCUGCACUCUCUCCGUUGUCUACAAGGGCUCCCCCAGACUGGGUCUCAGCUCAAAACCUGCGUGGUACAUUGCGAGUGUCACUCUCGGUGUUGGUUUCGGCCUCUUUUUCCUGUCCGCGAUUUUCUUCGUUCCUUUCGUCCACGCCCGAGUCAUCAAGCUUGAUAACGAGAUGAUGUGGUACGACAUCUGGAAAGGUCCUCUUCUGUUCCAGCGUCCCGCUCCUGAGAACGGUUUUGCCAAGGUCCGCAACUACGAGGUUGUGCAGAAGCAUGGUGCUGCCCACACCACUGACGACACCUCGUCUACCGACAGCAUCCAAAAGGAACAGCUGAACGAGAAGAACGCCACCGCCGACGGUAUCGCGCCUGUUCAGCAACCUCAACAAAAGUCCCACUCGCUCGAGGAGGCUGCCGUCCCUCUUAACCCCCAGCAGCAGUAUAAGCUGUUGCUUGCCAAAGCCCGUGCUGAGCACCAUGCUGAGCUCCGCCAGAGCCGCAGCCCUCUUGGUUGGGCCAUGCGUGUCGUCCACCGUAACCCGAUGGGCGCUGGUUCCAUCUACGAACUACACAACCUCAAGGCUGUCAUGUUCCGCCUGCCUGCAUAUGUCGUCAUUGCCCUCACCUAUGGUCUUUACUACGAUAUCCACCGCGCUCAGGUCGGUAUUGAGGGCACUCCCGAGGGCGCCCGCAUGAAGCGUGUCUACGCACAUGCGAAGAAGUAUCCCAACGAGGUCGAGCAUCUGUACUCCUUCGUUCAGAUCAUCACCGCCUGCACUGCUUCGUUCGCCCACGGUGCCAACGAUGUUGGUAAUGCUGUCGGUGUCUGGGCUGCUAUGUACGCUGCAUGGUCCACCAGCACUGCCACCGCGGCCAAGGCUGAGGUUCCUCUUUGGCAAAUUGGUGUCACUGCUGCCACCAUCUGUAUCGGUUUCAUCACCUACGGGUACAACAUCAUGAAGGUCAUGGGCAACAAGAUCACCUACCACUCUCCUUCCCGUGGCUCCUCCAUGGAGAUGGGUGCCUCCAUCACUGUCCUGAUCUUCUCUCAGUACAAGCUCCCCGUCUCCACCUCCAUGUGCAUCACUGGUGCCACCGUUGGCGUCGGUCUCUGCAACGGCACCUUCAAGGCUGUCAACUGGCAGCGAGUCGGUCUCCUGUUCUUCUCUUGGGUCAUGACCAUUCCCAUCGCUGGACUCAUCGGUGGCUGCAUCAUGGGUCUCCUUCUCAACACCCCCAAUUUCUAG